GUAGCAUUGGAGCUGUUGCGGCAGAGAGAGGGCGCUUCACGACGCCUUCCUUCGGCCUUUCUGUGUUUUUAGUCUUUUAAGAUAUAUCUUGGAGGGCCAAAAUGGACUUUGGCGAUUUGUUUGACGAGCGGACGUUCACCUUUUCGGACUUUCAGGAGUUUACGUUUCUGCCUGAACAUGAGCAGUGGUCAGAGAGAGUGAGGAAACGAUUGUAUUAUGGUCUGGAUUCUGACAGCACGCUGGAUGCUCUAUCAUGCCCCAUGACAGACAUUGCUGUAGAACUGCUCCAGAAGUCUGCCCCAAGUCCCAUUAGGAAGCUCCACAAGAAAUACGCUGCACACGUGGCCAGGGAAGCAUGUAUCUCUCCCUGUGCUAUGAUGCUGGCCCUGAUAUACAUUGAAAGACUGCGACACAGAAACCCGGAAUACCUGCAACAGAUCUCCUCCUCAGACCUCUUUUUGAUAUCAAUGAUGGUAGCCAGUAAAUAUUUGUAUGAUGAAGGAGAAGAGGAGGAGGUUUUCAACGAUGAAUGGGGUACUGCGGCCAAGCUGGACGUUCAGACUGUCAACACUCUGGAGAUGAACUUCCUCAAUGCGAUUGAGUGGAACCUCUUCACUGAACCAAGUGACUUCUUUAAAGUCCUUAGUCAGGUUGAAAGCAGUAUUGCAGAGCGGCAAGGUAUGAAGCGAGGCUGGUUCACCUACACAGAUCUCUGUGUUCUGUUGGAGAACCUCAAUUGGAGGGAAGCCCUAUCAGCUAUAUACCAGCACUUUACCAAGGUUACCUGUAUGUUGGGUCUCCUGUACUUGACUAGCGUAGCUGGUCUCAUCGCUUCCUCCACCGUCAUCCACCAGCUCGGACGUCUCCCCAACUCUUGCCGCACUUACUUUGAGCCAGUGAAGCAAACAUCCAUUCAGACACCAGCACUCCUCCCUGAGCUGUUGCCGGACUCACCGCGCCAAACCUCAAACCUCCACUGCUGCAUCCUGACCAACGAAAGCUUGAAACCGCGGCCCACCACUGCCGGACCAGACCAGCACUGUUCUACCUCUUCAUCCAACAUGGUGCUCUGUCUCUGGGGCUCCAUCCUCUCCACUCUCUCCUAUUCAGACCCCACGCUGGACAUCCAGCCUCAAGACUGUUUGGCAUCAGAAGUAAUCUGUCACGAGCACCAGUACGCAAUGGCUCAAAACGCCUCGGCGACUCUUUCUGCUCCGUGGUAUGCCCGUCUCUCAGCACUUUGGCUUGGGUUAGCACCGUUUAGCACUGGCCCCAUGUUUCCAGACGCCCAUCUCAGCUCCUUGCCACCCUUCGAAAGGCGUCCAUGUUGCCCACAGACUCCUCUGCCAUUUGGGAAAUCGCCAUCCCUUCUCAUGCCCGGCUAAACAAGUCUCAUAGGAAAUUGAAAUCAGCUAAGUUUACAUAUGCAGUCAACUCGACCCUUGGUUUCCUUGUUGUUGUUGUUGUUUAUGAACCAGCCAUAUAGAUAGUUGAGGGAUAUCAGUAUGUGGUGAGGACGUUUAUUUCUGAAGUGGCAUACGAUGAUGAUUGACAGUUUGAGUUUUGACGUGUGUGAUGCAGUGCGCGCUAAUGCAAAGUAAACAAGCAGGCUUUGACUUCUUCCUUUUUCUGCUAUGGGUUAGUUUGGUUGCCUUCAGGUGUUAUAUGAAACCUCCAGGUCAUCCAAGUAAAAUAAAAAUAAUGGUAAGUUGUUACAUAAGUUGACAAAAGGGUCUUCUCUUACACACUGAAGUCGGUGUUUUUGUUUUGGAUCGAUCGCCUAGCCUUUUGUGUUAUGCUGACGUACUGAAGGAGGGCUGUAUUGUUUUGAAGUUCCUUCCUGUGACGGCCUUUGCUUUCAAGUUGGAUUUUAAGCCUGGUUUUUGUCUGUUUGGGUUUAGAGAGGACGUGGAAGAGAGUCUUAAAGGGAUCAGUUGCACAAUGCACAGCUUAGUUUAAGAAAUCCGUAAGGUUUCUAAUUGUCAAAUAGUUGAUGCCAUACCUCAUCCUCAAAGCGUUCAUCAUUGAAAGCUUUAGUUAUCAUAUUUCAUUUGUUGAUAUCCUUGAUCAUUUGAACGGGCUAUAUUUGGGUUAAUACACAAUGCUUGACUUGCUGAGUUUAUUUUUGGCUUUAUGUUUUGUAAGAAAAUGAAAUAUUGAGACUGAUAUAAAAACUCCCUUUAAUACAGGAUGACUCUUACAUGUCAUAUUCAGCAUAAUCUGUGGACUUCUCUGGUCUGUUAACAUGUUUUAUUUUCACCUGUACUGAUUUUGUACAUUUUGUAUAGAGAUUACAAAAGAGCAUAUAGCUGCAGCAGUGAAAGUAAUAAAAACAUCUCAAUCUCAA